AUGCCUGCUAAUCCCGUGCCGAGCUCCAGCUUUUAUACCGGCUUCAUCCUGCAUGCUGUCCAGCUUGUUUCCUGUGGAAUUAUCAUUAGCUGCGUGUGCGCGUAUCUUUUUGCCGAUAUGCGCGAAUUUCAAUGGAUGGCCGUAGGGUCUAUAGUGGGAUUUGCAGCGGCACUUACUCCCGAACAGCUGAUCACUGCUCCGAGGCGGAGUGAAGCCAUUCCCAAUCCAUCUGGAGAAGUCGCGCUGUUUUCUACAUCGCAGUACUCUUUUGACACCCACACCACCUCGUCGUGGUGGAGUCUUUUGGACUUGGAGACCGGGAAAGCCACCCAACUCACCAACGAUAGCAAUGUCUCCGAGUUGAUUUGGCUGGGGUCGACAGACUCGGGUCUGCUGUAUAUCAACGGCACUAAUGCUGACAUCCCUGGAGGUGUCGAGGUUUGGGUGUCGGAUACCUCGGAUUUUACGAAAUCCGCUUACAAGGCAGCCUCACUGCCGGCACCGCUGUCUGGUCUCAAGACCGCCAUUACUAAGUCUGGAGACAUUAACUUCCUGGUGUAUGGAGAGUCCUACGGCAAUGGAACUGCCUACAACGAGGAGCUCGCAACGGCGCCUUUGAGCUCGGCUCGUAUCUAUGACAGCAUCUACACCCGCCACUGGGACACUUGGCUCACGACGAGAUUCAAUGCUGUUUUCUCGGGAACUUUGAAGGUAAAGAGAGCCGGACAAGGCGCGGCAUCUCGCUACUCCUCUCAUGGAUCUCUCAAGAACCUCGUUGCAGGAGUGAAGAACCUCGAAUCUCCCAGCCCUCCCUUCGGCGAUGCGUCUGACUAUGACAUCUCGCCCAACGGCAAAUUGGUCGCGUUCAAGAGCAAGGCACCUGAAUUGCCGCGUGCAAAUAACACUGCAUCUUAUAUCUAUCUCGUGCCUCAUGACGGGUCUAAGGAGGCCGUCGCAAUCAAUGGCCCGGACAGUCCUGGUACACCACAGGAUAUAAAGGGUGAUUCCAGCAGUCCUGUCUUUUCUCCUGAUGGUCGUCGUAUUGCCUACCUGCAAAUGAAAGACGUCGCAUAUGAGUCGGACCGCCGUACUCUCUAUGUCUAUACCAUUGACUCCAAGGAGACCAUCCCAACUCUGGCCAAGGACUGGGACCGCUCGCCAAGUGCUGUCAAAUGGACUGCUGACGGAAAGAGUCUGCUUGCAAACACUGAAGACCAUGCCCGUACACGGCUGUUCCUGUUGCCCGCCAAUGCUGGCGAUGACUUCAAACCCAAAAAUUUCACCAAUGGUGGCUCCGUGAGUGCGUACUAUAACCUGCCCAACGGCGAGGUCUUAGUAUCCGGCACUGCUAUCUGGUCUAGCUGGACAGUUUACACCGCAAAGCCAGGCAAAGGUCUCACCAAGCUUCUCUUUUCUGCCAAUGCAGUCGAUCCCAGUCUGAAGGGUCUGAGUCCCGCUGACGUCGAUGAGUUCCACUACAAGGGCAACUGGACAGAUAUUCAAUCUUGGAUCAUUUACCCUCCCAAUUUUGACAAGUCAAAGUCAUACCCCCUCUUGUUCUACAUUCACGGUGGUCCCCAGGGUUCUUGGGGCGAUUCCUGGAGUAGUCGUUGGAACUACAAGGCCUUCGCUGAUCAGGGAUAUGUAGUUGUUGCACCUAACCCAACUGGCAGUACAGGAUUUGGUGAUAAGCUAACGGACAUGAUCACAAACAACUGGGGUAGCUACCCCUACGAUGACUUGGUCAAGUGCUGGGAGUAUGUCCGUGACAAUUUCGACUUCAUUGAUACAGACCGUGGUGUGGCAGCCGGUGCCAGUUAUGGUGGUUUCAUGAUCAAUUGGAUUCAAGGCAACCCUCUCGGUCGUGAAUUCAAGGCACUGGUUAGCCAUGACGGCACAUUCGUCGCCGACGCCAAGAUUUCGACUGAGGAAUUAUGGUUCAUCGAACAUGAUUUCAACGGCACUUUCUGGGCAAACCGAGACAACUAUCGCCGUUGGGACCCAUCUGCCCCUGAGCGCAUCUUGCAAUUCGAUACACCGCAGCUCAUUAUCCACAGCUCAAAGGACUACCGUCUUCCUGUUUCGGAGGGUCUAGCCUUGUUCAAUGUUUUGCAAGAACGGGGCGUCCCUAGUCGACUGCUGAACUUCCCGGAUGAAAAUCAUUGGGUUCUCAACAAGGAGAACAGUCUUGUCUGGCACCAACAGGUUCUUGGAUGGCUUAACAAGUAUUCAGGCAUUAAUGCCCCAGGCACUGUCAGUUUGGAUGAUACCACAAUUCCUGUUGUCGACUACGAUCCUUGA